UUUUUGGUUAUUGUCUCGUCUAGUCACAGCAGAGCCAGCACAUAGCUUGCGGUUCAUUCCAACGAAAUAAAAAAUCUUGUUCACAAAAAUAAUAAUUAAACCUAUCAAUUUCAUCGCCAUUUUGAUGCAAACAUUAUUUUCAUCAUCACUAUAAUAACACUACAAAAGUCAGAAACCAAAAUGCUGCGAUCGCAUUUGCUUGGACUCUCCCUUAUAACACGAUCCCAUACACGGCCGCAGCUUUCAUUCGCGAGAUUCCAGUUUUCAACCAUGAGUUAUACGACGUCGCCUGGUUCAUCAGCUAAGCUACUGUUUCGCCAGCUUUUCGAGAAGGAAUCGUCCACUUAUACCUAUUUGCUCGCCGACGUCGCUCACCCUGAUAAACCAGCUCUGUUGAUUGAUCCAGUUGAUAAGACAGUUGAUAGGGAUAUUACGCUUGUGAAAGAGUUAGGAUUAAAGCUGAUUUAUGCUCUAAACACUCAUGUACAUGCUGAUCAUGUUACUGGCACUGGCUUGCUCAAGACAAAGGCUCCGGGAGUGAGAUCAAUUAUUUCAAAAGCAAGCCAAUCCAAGGCUGAUCUUCUUAUUGAAGCUGGUGAUAAAAUUCAUUUUGGUAAUCUGUUUCUUGAGGUUAGAGCCACUCCAGGUCAUACACUAGGUUGUGUUACUUAUGUUACUGGUGAUGGGCCUGAUCAGCCUCAGCCAAGGAUGGCCUUCACUGGAGAUGCUGUAUUAAUACGAGGAUGUGGGAGAACUGAUUUUCAGGGUGGAAGUUCACAGCAACUCUAUCAGUCGGUACAAUCACAGAUAUUCAGCUUGCCCAAGGAUACUUUAAUCUAUCCUGCUCAUGAUUACAAAGGGUUCACUGUUAGUUCUGUUGGAGAGGAAAUGCUUUAUAAUUCUAGGCUCACCAAAAAUGAGGAAACUUUUAAGAGUAUUAUGGAAAAUUUGAACCUUCCAUAUCCAAAGAUGAUUGACAUAGCUGUUCCUGCCAAUAUGGUAUGUGGAUUACAAGAUUCAUCUGCAAAGCCCAUAGAGACCUCAUCUAACUGAAAAUGGUUUGACUACCAAGGUUUGGAGACAUCAAAUAGUGAAAAAAAUAAAAGUUUGAUUGCGGAGAUGCCAAUCGAGUUUACAGAAUACUUGGGAAGAUUGCUUCAUGCUGACAUGACAAUGCCUGAACUUUGUAUAUUUAUAUAAUAAAGGUCAUCUGCAAAAUUGAGACCAUAAUAUGUUGAACACAAACUGGGAAAAUUAAUUCUAAUAAUAAACUCUGUGUUGUAGUAAUAUAUAUUAUCAUAAAUAAGCAUGCAUUUGAUA